UCCGGAGAUACGAAAAAAUAGGAAGUCUUGUUGUACUAGUUACUUCAUCUUAAAUCUGAUUGUAAGCUGAACACGUCCUGAUCACUUACAACAUGGCUACUGCAGAGACGCACGAUGAAGUUGAUGCUUCACAUAAAAUCUACAAGAGAAAACCUGGAAAGAGGGUGUUUGUCAAUCGCAGCCUGAUGCUGGACCGGGUCAAGUUCUAUGGAUUCGAUAUGGACUACACACUAGCAGUCUACAAAUCUCCAGAAUAUGAGUCCCUAGGUUUUGAUCUCCUCAAAAAGAGACUGGUGGAAAUAGGCUAUCCACAAGCCAUUAAUGACUUUGAAUAUGACCCGACCUUUCCUAUCAGGGGCCUGUGGUACGACACCCAUUAUGGAAACAUGCUUAAAGUGGACUACUUUGGUAACAUUCUUGUCUGUGUCCAUGGCUUCCAGUUCUUCAAAGCACAUGACAUGCACUCAAUCUACCCCAACAAGUUUGUCCAGAGAGAAGAGAACAACUCACGAUAUCGGAUCUUCAACACCCUGUUUGAGUUACCAAUUAUAUACAUUCUGGCAUGUCUGGUGGAUUUCUUCAGUAACCAUAGUGACUACACCAGGUAUGACAAAGGUGUAAAGAGUGGUGACCUCACUAUGACCUACGUAUCUAUGUAUCAGGAUGUCCUAGCGGCUACAGACCACGUACAUCAGAAGGAGGGUCAAUUAAAAAGGGAGACAGUCAAGGACCUGGAGCGAUAUGUCAUCAAGGAUGACCGACUUCCUGUCUUACUUGACAGAAUGAGAGCCCAUGGGUCAAAGGUUUUCCUGGCCACCAACAGUGACUUUGUGUACACUAAUAAAGUCAUGAACUACCUGUUAGACUACGAUAAAACGCGAGACUGGACCAAGUACUUCGACUUCAUCAUCUGUGAUGCCAGAAAGCCGUUGUUCUUCAGGGAAGGAACAAUUCUGCGACAAGUAAACAAGGAGACAGGAGCUCUGAAGAUCGGUUCACAUACGGGUCCUUUACAGUCUGGGCAGAUUUACUCGGGAGGAUCCGUGGAUGUGUUUUCCGAGAUGAUGGGAGUUUAUGAUAAGGAUGUUCUGUAUGUUGGGGAUCACAUCUUUGGCGACAUUCUCAAGUCCAAGAAGGACAGAGGAUGGAGGACGUUCCUUGUCGUCCCGGAGCUGGCCCACGAACUCACUGUGUGGACAGACAAACGCAAUCUCUUCACGAAGCUUGAAGACCUGGAAAGCAAGAUUGGAAAAAUUUUCAAGAAUCUAGACAGUAGUUGUGAUAUCAAACCGGACAUCAGGGAAGUUCAGCACACCAUCAGGAAUGUGUCACACGAGAUGGACAUGACCUAUGGCAUGCUGGGAAGUCUGUUUCGGAGUGGGUCACGGCAGACAUUCUUUGCCAGCCAGGUAAUGCGGUAUGCCGACCUGUAUGCUGCCUCAUUCCUCAACCUGCUCCACUACCCAUUUUCGUACGCAUUCCGAGCCCCGCCCAUGUUGAUGCCACAUGAGUCGACAGUCGGUCAUGAAGCACACGUUACUGAUGAUAAAGACGUUGACUUUAUGGCGCCCCGAUCACGUGACGUCCCCGAGACAGACCUAGCAGCUCGUCGGAGUCGUCUGGAGCGUGCCGACAGCAUUGUGCCACACCUGUACGCAUCUACACCUCGUCAGUGUACUCAGAUACAAGAGGAAGAGGACAGCAGUGACAGCACUAGCUGAACUGACACUGCCGCAGAAAACAAACUAGAUCUGGACCAAGUUGUCACUUUAAUGCUGAUGUUCUGUGCUGUGCUUUUAUUGCAUGAAGGGAUACAUUUUCCGAUGGAGGACAGAUUUAAGAUUUCAUAACUGUAGUGUUUACUUUUUAUUUCACACUAAAAUUAACAGAAAAAUGUAGUCAAGAAAAAACAAUAUUUUUUUACUAAGGGAACAACCGUAAGAUGAGAAUAAUACAAAAGUAAUUUCAACAGCAAUUUCACAUAUAAAACUGGAUCCUUACAAACGUAUGUUUGUAGGAUAUUAAUUACCAAAAUUGGUAUAUAGGGUACCGAUAUCUUACAGUGAAGACAAUAUGACAAAACAAACUAUCGCAAAGAUUUCAGUCGAGAUAUAAUACAUACCACAUACAGUUCACCAUAUGACAUAAAAACAAUACAUAUCAUAAUGGUUCACUCUGGGAUAUAACAUAUCACAAAGGGUUCACCCGAGACAACAUAAAAACAAUGUAUUGUCAGAUAAUUACUGUUCAAAGCUGCAAAACAAGUUAAUUAUUCCUGACAAUGUAUGAAAUCAUGUUAAACACUUUCUACUGACGACAGUAAGAUAAAAACUUCCUCUCUAAACGUGAAGACGUUUACUAACUGAACACUACUGACACUAUAGACAACGUCGUCUCAUUCAGAAUGGGGUUUUAUCAUACUUACACAUUUUAAAACUGUUGUAAAACCUGUCAUAAUGUUGCUUUGGACAUUCAUGGAAUAUUAGCACCGCAAAAAUCAAAACACCUUAGUACAUGUACUGUGAUAAAAUAUUUUAAUGUUGUAUACCGGUUACCUCAUAAUGGAAAUAAUUAUUUAAAUGUCCGUUAAUAAGCUUAGCAAUAGAAGUGUAUCCGCUGAUCGACACACCAUUUUUAUCUUUGUUUGUUAAAGGUAUUGAUUGUUAAUUUUUCAGUUUGUCACAACAUAUCUAGUUUGUAUGUAGUAGAGUAAUUUUAGAGUCUUUUUUUGGUUUGCUAGUUUUAAUGUUCGAAUGUGAGUCAUAAUGAAACGUUUUACCUCCGUUUUGUGUGUAUUUAAUUUUGAAUAAGGUAAACACAAGGUUAGUAAUGCACCCAUUGCCCUAUUAUAACUACUGUAUUUCACCUUUUAUUUUGCAAAGUUACAUUUCAUGUUAAUCCAGGCGAAGAUCCACUUAUAUUCCGAAUGAUUAUUUUCAAUAUCAGUAUUAAAAUAUCUUCCUCUCAUUCAUCAGUUCAAACACUCACAGGAUAAGUUCCAUUCAUGCCAGAUUUUCUGGAGACCAAUCUGUGAGUUUUACAAUCAUUUUAAAGGAAUCGAGGUUAAAAUAAGGGAGGUAAUUUUUAUUCGGAGCGUUGUUCACAGCAAAAGACUUUAUCUUAUUCCACUAAAUUAAUGAAAUAAAGUUCUCAAAAUGAACUUAUUACAAAAAUAAAGUGAUUUACAGUUAAUUGCAUCUUGUCUGUCGGUCUGUUCCGAAGAAUUGUGUAAAGUACUUAUAUGUUGUUGUCAAAUCAUUUGUGUGGAGUUUUCACUUAGAGAUUAUAUGUUUUGUUAUGU